GUGGAGGCUGAGACGCAACUUGGACCGAGUGGAGUAGAAACUCGCAGACAGCCAGUCCCUCGGCGAUGCUUCUCCGACUCCACGCCAGAGAUUGAUCACGGAUCACCAGGACUGAUCGCCCCGCAGUGCAGCGCAGAAACCAGAGCAGCGUGCCCCCCUCUGAGCUUCAGAAAGAAGAAGCAAAAAUGUCAGAGAGGAGAUGUCAGAAGAAGUCCAUCUUUCUGUCCUCAUUAUUGCUGUGUUGUAUGUUUGCUAGUGCGGAGUAUUCCAGCUGUGGAGAGUACGAGUUCUUCAAUCUGACAAGUAACAGUUGCCAGGCCUGCCCUCAUUGCCCAUCUGGACAAGAGCCGCAUAUGACCUGUGGCUACGGGGUGAAGGACGACGACUUUGCCUGUGUGCCGUGUACACAUGGGAAAUAUUCCAAAGGGAAGUAUGAGAUCUGCAGACGGCAUAAAGACUGUGACGCACUCUACAAAGCCACUGUUCGUGCAGUGGGAACUCCGGACAGCGACGCCGAAUGUGGACCGUGUCUACCAGGGUAUUACAUGCUGGAAAACAGACCAAGGAACCACUACGGGAUGAUUUGCCAUUCCUGCCAGAAUGCACCACGCAACACCAAAGAAUGCAUGUUGACCAGCAGGCCAAAAGAGAAGGCUGUUAUUGACCCUGGCAGCACGACCGUGUUCCCUCAUCUACAUAAAGAUACCAACGGACAAGGUCACCUCGCCACGGCUCUCAUUAUCGCCAUGUCAACCAUUUUCAUCAUGGCCAUCGCCAUCGUACUCAUCAUUAUGUUUUAUAUCCUGAAGGCCAAACCAAGUAGUCAGGCAUGUUGUUCUGGACAAGUUGUGAAGGCGGUGGAGGCUCAGACCAACAAACAGGAAGACAAGAAAGAUGUCCCAGACAAUGUGGUGAUCUACUCAGAGAAAAAUGAGUUAGACAAACUAAAAGCUCCUCCUCAGAAGACGGUGAAAAGUGAAAAUGACGCAUCGUCGGAGAACGAGCAGCUGUUGAGCCGCAGCAUCGACAGUGACGAGGAGGCAGCCUCCGACAAGCAAGGAUCGGCCGACGCCAACAAUCCCAACUUGUGCCUCGUCAACCUGGGAAACAAGCCCGACCUCUGCCUGCUCUCUCUCGGCCUCCUGGAGCGGGACAGAUCCGGUAACGGGGCCCCCGCCCUGUCAGCCGGACCGGCCAAUAACGUGCAGAGUCCCAACCACAUCGCCAGCACCAACCACAUCAGCAGUGUGAACGCAAUCAACAACAACAAUAAAACCCCAGGGAUGCUUCAGAGCCGAAGGAAAAAGAUCCUGGAUCUGUACGGCAGAGCCUGCAAUGUGACGGAGGGCCUGAGCCCCACGGAGCUUCCUUUCGACUGCCUGGAGAAGGCCAGCCGCAUGCUGAGCUCCUCCUACAGCAGCGAGGCGGCCGUGGUGAAGACGUGGAGGCAUCUGGCCGAGAGCUUCGGCCUGAAGCGCGAUGAGAUCGGCGGCAUGAGCGACGGCUUGCAGCUCUUCGAGAGAGUGAGCACGGCGGGUUACAGCAUCCCCGACCUCUUGACCCGCUUAGUGCAGAUCGAGAGGCUCGACGCGGUGGAGUCGCUCUGCUCGGACGUGUUGGGCAGCAGCGAGAUGGCGGCGGCUGCCGGGCGGCAGGGCAACAGCAGUUUUCACAGCCAGCUGGUCUGUCCAUCCCCGUGCCAAUCUCUGUCCCAGCGCUGCGCCAGCGUCUGAACACGUGUGACGGAACGUGGACUUGAGUUUGUGAUGCCUUACCGUAUACGUGUAUGUAAGGACAGACAUAUACAGCAUACAGCUUUCCCCCAUCACAUGAAGAAUGUCAGUGGACCUUCCAAUGCACAAUCCUUUCUUUUCUAUUGUGUGUGUUUUUCUCUGUCAGGAAGCCAGUAAUCUGAACUACUUUGCGUUGCCUUGAUGUUCCCGUCUUUCCAAAGUUGCAAGAGUUUGAGAAAGAUACAAAGUCAGACCGAUGAUUGAGAUUAAUCACUCGUUUUCUCAUUCCGAUGUUUUCUCUGAAUAUGAAAUGAAAAGCCUCUGAAUGUCUCAGCGGCUAAAAAAUGUGCACAAAAAAAUUGCUAAAUUAAGUGUGCGCUGGACGCUACACAAUAACAGUAUUGGGGCCAAAGGUUUAUACACAAAUUUAGCAUGCGGUUAAAAAAAAUCAUGUACCAAGAUGCAAUGGGGUGCUGAAAGGAAUGGUCACUGAGCAGCUCCUCUGCAGAAGUACCAAUUAAGUGUCUUUCUUGAAGGAAUGAAGCCUUAUUCGUUGUCCUCUCACUGAACCUUCUGAUCAGGGCAACAACCUUCAGGUUAAUCCCAGAGCUGAUGAAUCCGAUUCAAUACGUGAAUACAGAAUUACUCUGUUACUCACGUUCUGUCUAAAUUCACAUGCAAAUACCACUUUACCAAACUUCACACACACACACACACACACACACACAAUACAGCAUACUCUUACAUCAACUACUACCAUUGACCCCCUCUGUGACCCCCCUCAUAAUUCAUCCUCUCCCACCUUUACCCCAAUGCUGCGGUCUCGUGUUGCCGCCGGCCCUAAUUAUUUGGCGUGUGGCUCCCGGGGCCCCUAAUAGUCCGAAGUGUUGUGGUUUACAGAGCGGGUGCAAAGUGCCUGUGAUUUCCAGCACCCAAUUAAGCAUUUAGGGCCGCUUAACCACUGAAAGCCCAGUGGAAACGCUGUAAAAAAACACGGCAUUAAAAAGAGAGAUGACGUGGAAGAGGCAUGACUGACUGCCCCCGGGGGUUGCUGCACAGCGAACGCUGCAAGAAGCAGCACGCCGUGGUGGAAGCAGCACGACGCUCGACCCACAACGUCUGACCGUACUCAGCUUUUGUGGCCGGCUCAGUCAUGCUCAGACGGCAUUCAAGCCUCCCUUACCCCCUGUGGGACCAAUAUGGCAAAUGAGAACAAUGUGCAGUUGUGUGGGUUAUCCGCCUCCUAAAAGCAGCUGCAGGCGGUUAAGUGUUGUACUCGCAGAAGACGAGGGUGGCUCCGACACACAGCGAGCUCGACUGUGUGAGGAGCUUCACAUUUAAGCCCAUCUGAGCCACGUUAAUAGUUACUUUGGUAAUAGGUCAGGUCAUCGCCUGGCCGCCUCCAGCAGUUUAACAUCAACACUCAGCAGCAGGCUCCAAGGUUUCACUUUAAUAAGCAUUGCCAAGACAUACUUUGAUCCCUUUUCUCAGAAAUAGGACUGAUCUUUAUUUGAAAUCGGACGUUAUGUCAGGAUAAAGCCCCUCAACCGCUCUGCACCAAAUCAAAGACAUUGCCCACUGACAAGUUUAGUUCUUAUUUAACCUCCUUGCAAACUCUGGGGCUCCAGUACCCUCAAUUAAUUAGUGUGCACUUAAUUGAAAUUGCAUGGACCCACGUCCUGGUUUCAGACAGGCAACCUCUCCUCUGACAGAUACUCUGCUGAUAGCAAGACAUGCAGAAGCCAAACAUGGAUUACUUACCUCAGUAGCACAUGCAGAAUAAAACAUAUAGAACCAUACACAAACUCAUCAUAUAUAACUGUAUAUAUAACUUAUUAUUGUACAUAAUGUAUACAUUAAUAAAGAUGUAUGGCAAAAAUG